AUGGCAAAGGACAGGGGCUUCCGCAACAGGAAGAUCAGUAUCAAGCAGCAUCUGCCUGUUCUUCGCGCCAGUGAACUCCCUGAUCUGGAUGAGGAGGCAUCAACGCGUAAUGUUCCGCUUGUUGAAACCGGUGUUGACAAGGAGGAGGAAGAGGAGCACCAUCUGCAAGCUGCUAUUUCCGCACAUCAGGCCGCAGUGGUAGGGGCUGGUGUCAAGCAAAUCUACAUCCCUACGCCUGAUGCGUCAAAAACUGUCUCCGACUAUGACAAACUCUAUCGUGCAAAGUACUCGGAACCAUCUACCUACAUCCGCUUCUCCUCUACCGUAGAGGACUGCUGUGGAUGUCUCUAUAACAUGGAUGAAGAGGAUGAGGAGUGGUUGACUAACCUGAACUCCGAGAAGAAGAUUGCAAAUGAGCAAUGCUCCGAGGAUGCCUUUGAACUUGUCAUGGAACAGUUCGAGAAUGCUACCAAUGAACGCCAACCAUAUCUUGCCAUGGAUGUCUCUCAGAUCGCUUCGUAUAAUGACUUGGAGCCUACGUUCGAUGAUACAUCAGCCGCGCCUUACAAGCACUUUGCCAAGUUUAUUUACGAGCACUGGAAGAGACGGCGAGUUGCUUCUGGUGGGAAGCCAAUUCAGCCCGUACUUCGCUUUGAGGAAAACGACAAGGAUGAGGGCGACCCCUAUGUCUGCUUCCGUCGUAGGGAAGUGCGUCAAGUGCGCAAAACGCGUCGCACCGAUGCCCAAAGCACAGAGAAACUACGGAAGCUGCGCCUUGAGAUGGAGCAAGCGCGCAAUCUCGUCGGUAUGGUUGCACGGCGCGAACGGCUUCGAAGGGAAUCGCUACUACUGGAGCAAGCAGUCUUCAAUCAGCGCUGCAAGGUGAAGGAUGUGAAGAGAAAGCUUGGUAUCAAAGGUGAUGACGAAGAUCUUAUUUCGCAUAAGAAGAAGAAGGUACAGCAAGAAGCUACUGCGCCGACCAUUCGUAUUCCUGUCGCAAAGACAUCUACUCCGACGGCCACAACUACUACGAAGAGUGCUGACGCCGAUGCUCUAACUACCCUGGACGAAGUGGCUCGGGAAAGAAUGCUUGCAGCGAGGGCUAUUAUCGAAGAAAAAUUGGUCAAGCGCAGAGCGGCUAAUAUCGGUUGGGAGGACGUGUCGGACGAUCCGUACUUCCCGCUCCCAAAGCCCUAUCCGUUGUCUUUCUUUCGAGCCGUCGCUUCCUCUUACUAUCAAUCGGGAACGGGAGAAUACAAUCAUACGUUCGGUGACUCACAAUCGCAACGUCGGAGGCCAGCAUUUCGUCAGCGCUGCGGAAGGGGUGGUCGCGUCUGGCUGGAUCGCCGAGGACUUCGUGCUUCUCGCGAUCAUGUUGGUGGUAACCGGUGGAAAUACGACCAGGAGGACAGCGAUCAGGACGAUGAGACCGUCCUCGAGAUUGACGACAUGUGCGAUGGUUCACUUCGUUUCCGGUCAUGCCUCUUGUCGGAACCCGACCAGCGCAACCUCAUAAAUCAUCCUGUAACUGAUUUUCAGUUAUAUGCGCAGCAACAAGGAACUCCGCAACACAGACAUCCUGCUCAACUUCUACCUUCAGGUAGUAUUCCUCGGGGAACUCCGACGCCAACUCCGUCUCAUAUUGCACUGCCUCAGAUACCAACGCCCGCUUCUCUAUCCGUGGUCCAACAACCUGCACCGAUACAUUCUGUACCCAUGCCGGUACCUGUUCCGGCAGCAGCGGCAGCAGCGGCAGCAGUACCUGUCCCUGUCCCGCAGCCAGUACCUCAACCUAUCAAGCGAGAAGCCUCGGCAGCUUGA